GUAUCCACUGACCGCAGUAAAAUUGAUUAAAAAUGAAAUUGAAGUUGUAUAUAUAUUUAAUUUUCUGAUUACAUGCAACAGGAGACGGCGGUUGUGACCUCGGGCGUUAUAAUUUAUAAUUUCUCUUUCCAUAUGGUGUGAAAUACUUGUGAAAAUCGUUAAGGAGUACAAGUCACCCCUGCAGAAGACGACAGACAAAUUAAAAAACCAUACCAGAGUUAAUUGCAUAGAUACAUACAUACAUAUGUAUAUCAUUAAGUAUAUAGAUUAUGUGAAAUAUUCGCCUGUAGAUACACCCGCAUAAUUGUAGAUUACUAUUGUUUGAACGAACCCCAACCUCGACUGAGUAUUAGUGCGUUUAUUUAUAUCAAAAAUAUAAACAAAAAAUAUUGUAAGUUUUAACGAUCAGAGAUAAUAAUAGGGGUCUCAAACCGAUAAGGCUUAGACGCUCUGAUUAGAAUUGAAAUAACACUUCUGUUUGCCGUAAUAUUAUUUUGUUCUAUUGUUUAAUAUUUUGCAUAAAUACCGAUAAGAAGCUCUAUUCCAUACGCCCUCAUUGAAAUAUCAAAGAGAACAUACAUAUAUAGUAACGAAAAUAUUACAACAAAGACAAAAUAAAACAGAAUAUAAAAGAUAACAAACUGUAUUCACUAAUACAACACACAGUGCAAUAACGGAAACAAAGUAUUACAAGGAGCAGUAGCCGUAGUCGCAGUCGCGGUCGCAGUACAUUUUGAACUAGUGAAACGCAAACACGCAUUACUGCAUAUAGAGAUUUGAGUGUUUGCUUUUAUAGAAAUUAGUAAGAAUGGAUUCUAUCAUGGAAGAUGAUAGACUGCCUAUUGUGGAAAAUGAUCAAUUGGAACGUGCACCAACUCGUCGCAGUCAGGAAGAUAAUGAGUUAGAUUUACAGCCCACAGGAUGCGGUGCUACUGCUUGCUGCAAUCCGUCGGGAGUCCUUCAUCGUUUUAUUGCUUUGGUUUUUAUGUGUUUACUUGGAUUUGGUUCAUACUUUUGUUAUGAUAAUCCCGGUGCGCUGCAGGAAGUUUUUAAACAAGAUCUCAAUCUGACUACUACAGAAUUUACGCUCAUCUAUUCCAUUUACUCAUGGCCAAAUGUAAUCUUGUGUUUUGUUGGCGGUUUCUUGAUUGAUCGUAUAUUUGGAAUACGUUUAGGCACUAUUAUAUAUCUUUUUAUUUUACUCAUCGGACAAUUAUUAUUCGCAUCUGGCGGCAUAUUAGGCACGUUUUGGAUAAUGAUAUUAGGAAGAUUUAUAUUUGGUAUCGGCGCCGAAUCUCUUGCGGUUGCACAAAAUAACUAUGCAGUAUUGUGGUUUAAAGGAAAAGAACUUAACAUGGUGUUUGGAUUGCAGCUAUCAGUGGCACGGCUUGGCAGUACUGUUAACUUUUGGGUAAUGCAACCAAUUUACAAUUACGUGCAUAAAUUCUAUCAGGGCCACGAAGCAAUUGGCGUUGUGUUGCUUCUCGCUGCAGGAACCUGUGUUUUAUCCUUGUUGUGUGCAUUAAUAUUAGGCUGGAUGGAUAAAAGAGCCGAACGUAUCCUUCAACGCAACAAUAACGCAUCUGGUGAAAUAGCAAAACUAAGUGAUGUAGUGACUUUCAAAGUUUCUUUUUGGAUGGUUUCCAUAAUAUGCGUGGCAUAUUAUGUAGCCAUAUUUCCAUUUAUUGCUCUUGGAAAGACCUUUUUCAUGAAAAAAUUCGAUUUUCCGGCUGAUGCAGCUAAUAACGUCAACUCAAUUGUCUAUUUAAUAGCAGCUGUUGCUUCACCAGUUUUCGGUUUUGUCAUUGACAAAACUGGCUGCAAUGUUUCUUGGGUAUUUACUGCAACAUUGUCAACUAUUGGAGCCCAUUCGUUGCUAGCUUUUACUAUGGUUAAUCCAUACGUUGGUAUGAUUAUUAUGGGUCUAUCAUAUUCCAUGCUUGCCGCUAGCUUGUGGCCACUUGUUGCUUUAAUUAUUCCAGACUAUCAGUUAGGAACUGCUUAUGGAUUCUGUCAAUCUGUGCAAAAUCUUGGUCUUGCUGUAAUAACAAUUGUUGCUGGUAUGAUUGUGGAUAAAACUCCAGAUAAUUAUAUAUGGGUAGAACUGUUUUUCAUUAGCUGGUUGACAAUUGCCUUAAUUGCGACAUGCAUUAUUUGGGCCUACGAUAAGAAAAUAAAAGGCAAUCUUAAUAUGACACCAGCCCAACGUGUACAAUACUCCAACACAAUUACUGCGACAAAUACGCACGAUGCCGGCUACUCCAGUGAUCAGGAGCCGUUACUGGAUAAUUAAACGUUUAUCUCUGCAUGUUACCUGUUAUCUGUUAACUGUUUCAACUGCAACAAAAUGAUUCCUCAAAAUCAAAAUUAGAACAAUUCAACUAUCAGAUCUUGCGUUUAUAUAUAUAAAUUGAACUGUUACCAUUUUAAAAUAUAUUUUGUAAUAUUUAAUUAUUGUCUUAUAGAAUUAUAUGCUGUUGAUGAAUAUAUAUAACAAAAAUUUUAAUAAAAUUUUUAUUUAGUUUUUA